GCUUUGGCAACCCUGCUCCUUCCCAACAAGAUGGCGGCGUUCAGCGUCUCAUAACAACAUCGGUCGCGUGUUUGUCCGUCUGCGCUUUAUAAAGCUUUAUAAAGCUCGUCUUUAUCUUUAUUCCAUAAUAAACGGUGACAUUUAUGACUAUUUAAACUCAGUCAUGUCCUCCUCAGACAGUAAAGGACCCGGAUUGAGGGGCGUCAGAACUACGUCACUGUUCCGCGCCGUUAAUCCGGAGCUUUUCAUCAGACCUAAUAAGCCGGUGAUGGCGUUCGGCCUCAUCACCAUCACGCUGUGUGUGGGGUAUCUUGGCUAUCUGCAUGCUGUGAAGGAGAACUCUCAGGAGCUGUACGAGGCUGUGGACAGCGAUGGCGAGAGAUACAUGCGGAGAAAAUCCUCUAAAUGGGACUGAGAGUCAUCACAGAUGUUUCAGAGACGUCUCUCACAUUCAGUAUUGAUGAUUUAGUCCACAAUAAGUGUGGUUUUGAACAUGGAUUUUCACCAUGUUUUAUACCGUAAACCUGCUCGAGAUUGAUUUCCAUCAGAGGAAUGAGUGUGUUUGUUUAUUUGAUUGUUUUAAUUGAGUUGUGUUCAUCUGAAAUAAAUAAAGAAAUAAUAAUAAUAA